AUGAAGGACCUGGUAGCACUCCAGAUGAGCCGACGUCACAGACUGACUGGAUAUGAUACCAUGAAGAAUAAAGACACAGCUCACUCCAACAAACAGAAAAAACACAAUGCCAGCAGUCCACCCCUCUUGGGCAGCCCUGCAAUAACAAACCAGUGUGCCUCUGCAGUGGAAGAAAAAAAAAUUCCGAAUGAUGUAAGGAUAAAGUUUGAACAUAACGGGGAAAGACGAAUUAUCCCAUUUGUCCGUCCCGUGCGCUAUGAAGACGUGCAACAGAAAGUGAAAACAGCCUUUGGCCAGCCACUGGACCUCCACUACAUGAACAAUGAGCUAUCUAUUCCUUUGAAAAAUCAAGAUGACCUGGAUAAAGCAGUAGAUCUCUUAGACCGAAGCUCUAAUGUGAAAAGCCUUAGAAUAUUGUUGCUGUCUCAGGACAGAAACCAUACCAGUUCUUCACCCCAUUCUGGAUUGCCCAAACAAGUCAGGAUUAAAACUUCCCAAUCUGUGGGGGAUGUGAACACACCCUAUCAGCAGCCAGAACCCAGAAGUAGGCAUCUGUCUGUCAGUUCCCAGAACACAGGCCGAAGUUCACCACCUCCUGGGUAUGUUCCAGAGAGGCAACAGCGCAUUGCUCGGCAGGGUUCCUACACCAGCAUAAAUAGCGAAGGCGAAUUCAUCCCAGAAACUAAUGAACAGUGUAUGCUGGACCCUUUAAGCAGUGCUGAAAACUCGGUGUCAGGAAGCUGUCAGUCCUUGGACAGGUCAGCAGACAGCCCUUCUUUUCGGAAAUCACGGAUGUCAAGGGCACAAAGCUUUCCUGAUAACAGACAGGAGUUCUCAGACCGUGAGAAUCAGAUCUAUGACAAAGCAGGGAAAGGUGGGACCUACCCUCGGCGCUACAACGUCUCCAUGCAGCACAAAGACUACAACGAUGGCCGGAGGACAUUUCCCCGGAUACGGCGUCACCAAGGGAAUCUUUUCACCUUGGUCCCUUCAAGUCGUUCCUUAAGCACCAACGGAGAAAACCUGGGCCUGGCGUUGCAGUACCUGGACCCCCGGGGGCGCCUGCGGAGUGCCGACAGCGAAAAUGCCCUUGGUGUGCAGGAGAGGAACAUUCCCACCAAAUCUCCGAGUGCUCCAAUUAACUGGCGACGAGGGAAACUGCUGGGCCAGGGUGCCUUUGGUCGUGUGUAUUUGUGCUAUGAUGUGGACACGGGCAGAGAGCUUGCAGCUAAGCAGGUCCAGUUUGACCCAGAGAGUCCUGAAACAAGCAAGGAAGUGAGUGCCCUGGAGUGUGAAAUUCAGCUGCUGAAGAAUCUCCAGCACGAACGUAUUGUUCAGUAUUACGGCUGCUUACGGGAUCGAGCAGAGAAGACCUUGACCAUCUUCAUGGAGUACAUGCCAGGGGGGUCAGUGAAAGACCAGCUGAAGGCGUAUGGUGCUCUCACGGAAAACGUAACCCGGAAAUACACUCGCCAGAUUCUUGAGGGAGUCUCGUACCUUCACAGCAACAUGAUCGUGCACAGGGACAUAAAGGGAGCCAAUAUUCUCCGUGACUCUGCUGGGAAUGUGAAGCUUGGGGACUUUGGGGCCAGCAAACGGCUGCAGACAAUCUGUAUGUCUGGAACAGGCAUCCGCUCUGUCACUGGCACGCCAUAUUGGAUGAGCCCAGAGGUGAUCAGCGGAGAAGGCUAUGGAAGAAAAGCAGACGUAUGGAGCCUCGGUUGUACUGUUGUGGAAAUGCUGACAGAGAAACCACCCUGGGCAGAGUACGAAGCCAUGGCAGCCAUUUUCAAAAUCGCUACCCAACCAACCAACCCCCAGCUCCCCUCUCACAUAUCAGAACAUUGCCGGGACUUUCUAAAGCAGAUCUUUGUGGAAGCCAGGCACAGACCCUCUGCUGAAGAGCUGCUCAGACAUCAGUUUGCACAGCUCCAGUACUGAAUUACCUCCCUUGCUAGCAGCUCCUGCUGGGCUUUCGGUGCCCCGUCUGGUCUAGUUGCAACUGCCCGUUGUGGUGCUGCAUCUUCAAAAUACCAACUCAGCUGUCCUAGUCCUUUGGGGAAGUUAUGCCAAGGAACCUAGGGUCUGCUCUUGUGCCUGAUACCUUUGUUUGCUGGACUAAUGUUUAUUCCACCGACAGCUGUCCAAACAGCGCUGCAUUUUUGCCCUUGAUGUGAAAUUGCAGCUGGUCGCAUGUUUUCUGCAGGCCCAAGAAUGGGAAUGUAAGAAGUGUCUCGCUGGUUGAACGUA